CACCUAUCCAGCACUCUUCUGUUAUGUUUGGUUUGGGGUUGGUUCCGCGCUGGGAACCUAAAUUCACAUACGCUUUUUAACUCGAUUUAGUGUGUAUUUUGGUUACAGUUCAAAAAGUUAAGUUUGCUUGAACUCAACUUUGUAAACUUAAGUUUUGUUCAAAGUAGAUUUAAUGUACAGUUUGGAACUUUUUAUGUUCAACGGAAAAGCAAGAGAUCAGGAGUAACUUUGAACUCAAUCUCACCUUAGAUGAAAGUCACAUUCAACUCAAAUGUAACAACGAUUUGCCGAGCAUGCAGUUACAACUUUUUGAGGGUGAACAUCAAUUUAGAUGGCCAAACGUGAAACCAAACACCCCUUAGUUUUCAUUCAAACAUUUUUUUUUUUAUGUGUUUUAGUCUUUAAAUUUUAGAUGGCAGAGGUUAAAAUAGAUUAAAAAGCGCAUGUGUAAGGAAUAAAAUGAGUAUUAUUUAGAUGUAAAGAUUAAAAUAUAAGGAUUUUAUAAGUAUCAAAUUAGUAAUUAAAAAAAGUUUUAAUUUAAUCUUUUUAAAUAAUGCUUUUUUUCUCUCUCCGUAUAUCAUGAACACAAUAAUAGACAACCCCUUUUAAAUUAAAUCAACUUUAGGACAAAACUUGACCCUUAAAAAGAGAUAGUAACUCCCAACUCCAAGUCACAUUGGUGACAAAGUUAGAAACAAGGAGAAAGAAAGAAGAUGGCAGGAAAGAAAAUCCCAGAUGUGUUGCUGAAUUCAGGACACAAAAUGCCAGUUAUAGGCAUGGGAACUUCAGUGGAGAAUCGUCCAUCAAAUGAGACCCUUGCUUCUAUCUAUGUUGAAGCCAUUGAGGUGGGUUACCGUCAUUUUGACACUGCUGCAGUGUAUGGAACAGAGGAAGCCAUAGGCCUAGCCGUGGCCGAAGCCAUAGACAAAGGCCUUAUAAAGAGUAGAGAUGAAGUUUUCAUCACUUCAAAGCCUUGGAACACAGAUGCACACCGUGACCUUAUUGUCCCAGCUCUUAAGACCACAUUAAAGAAGCUGGGGACGGAGUAUGUGGAUCUUUAUCUGAUUCAUUGGCCAGUGAGGCUGAGACAUGAUCUUGAAAAUCCUACUGUUUUUACCAAGGAAGAUGUGCUGCCCUUUGAUAUAGAAGGGACAUGGAAAGCUAUGGAAGAGUGUUACAAGUUGGGAAUAGCAAAGUCCAUUGGCAUAUGCAAUUAUGGUAUCAAAAAACUCACUAAACUCUUGGAAAUAGCCACCAUUCCUCCUGCAGUCAAUCAGGUGGAAAUGAACCCAUCUUGGCAGCAAGGGAAACUCAGGGAGUUCUGCAAGCAGAAAGGAAUUCAUGUUAGUGCUUGGUCAGCUCUUGGUGCUUAUAAGAUAUUUUGGGGCUCUGGAGCUGUCAUGGAGAAUCCAAUCCUCCAAGACAUAGCAAAGGCAAAAGGGAAGACCAUAGCUCAGGUUGCACUUAGAUGGGUGUACCAACAAGGGUCAAGUGCCAUGGCUAAAAGCACCAACAGCGAGAGGAUGAAGCAGAACCUGGACAUAUUUGAUUUUGUGCUGAGUGAAGAGGAUUUAGAGAGGAUCAGUCAGGUUCCACAACGCAGGCAAUACACAGGGGACAUAUGGCUAUCUGAAAAUGGGUCUUGCAAGACCUUGGAAGAACUUUGGGAUGGAGACGUUUAAGUAUUUCUUCAAGGAUAAAACUAUGUUUUGGGAUAUAAACUAUGAAAAUAAGCAAGAUUUGAAUUCCAUGUUAUUAAGAUGUCUUGUAUUAUUAUUAUCAUUAUGGUUGGCUAUAACUUCAUAUAAGGACCUGGCUGCCCUUAGUAUUUAUUUCACAAGUGCCCUUGAUUGAGACCUUGAGUAGAAUAAGAGUGUGGCAUGUUUAUCAUUGGAGUGAGGUUGUGGUGCCUCUUCCAUUCAAAGGAAAUAUAAAAAAUAUAUAUUUGUCAUCAA